AUGACAAUUAUUUUCGUUCGAAAAGCAAUCGAUGCGACGACAAAUUCCGUUUCAUCAUUUUUGCUAUCCGUAAAUUUUUCCUGUCAACGUUAUCGUAUCUAUCAACAAAUUCGUCUAAUGACUUCAACAAAUCGUAUUCUUACAUUGGAAAAUAUGAAUCCUAAUUUGAUUGCUAUGGAAUAUGCUGUUCGUGGUCCAUUAGUUAUCCGUGCUUCGGAUAUUGAAAAAGAAUUAGAAAUGGGUAUAAAAAAAUCAUUCAAUAAUGUUAUCAAAGCAAAUAUUGGUGAUGCUCAUGCGAUGGGUCAAAAACCGAUUAGUUUUAUUCGACAGGUUUUGGCAUGUGUAAGUGAUCCGUCGUUAGUGAAUUCUGAAAAAUAUCCGUCAGAUGUUAAGCAGCGUGCAGAAUUGUUGCUUAGUGGUUGCUCCGGAAAUAGCAUUGGUUCUUACAGCCAUAGUAGUGGCAUUGAAGUUAUCAGAAAACAUGUAGCAGAAUAUAUUACUCGUCGAGAUGGUGGUAUUCCAUCGGAUCCUCAGCAUAUACUUUUAUCCUCAGGAGCUUCAGAGAGCAUACGUCAUAUUUUGAAAUUAUUUAUUGAUGAUAGGAAGAGAAAAAAGGGUGUAAUGAUAUCCAUUCCACAAUAUCCUCUCUAUUCUGCAUCGAUCGUGGAAUUUGGCCUUGGAUUGGUAGGCUAUUACUUAGAUGAAAGUAAUAAUUGGGCAUUGAAUAUUGACGAACUCGAAAAAGCCUACAGGGAAUCUUUGAGUGAAUUCAAUACCCAAGUGCUUUGUGUUAUCAAUCCUGGUAAUCCAACAGGGCAAGUUUUACCGAGGGAUAAUGUUGAAGAAAUUAUCAAAUUUGCUUAUAAGAAUAAAUUAUUUCUAAUGGCUGAUGAGGUGAGUUAUUGA